AUGGCUGUAAGUUAUAGUAUCUUUGGUUUUUUGUUGGUUUUUAGAUGUGAGAAAGUUUUAUCGGAAGUAGGAUUGAAGGUUGAUUUUCUUUUACUGUGGGAUUCGUGUAAAAUUGAGGGAUAAUUUAUUUUUUUUUGGGUUUUACAUUGAAAAAAAUUGUAUUUUUGGGAUGUAGGUAUAGAGGGUAGAUAAUGGAACAUAACGAAAUAACUUUGUAAAGUCAAUGCCACUUUUUGUUUUUAAAAAUACCACAAAACCAUACUCCUUCUUUUAAAACAAGCUUUACAUGUUUUCUUUCAUUUUAAAAGUAUUUAUGAGCCGUUUCAAGACAUUAACUUCAAGUAUAAUAUCUUUAGACUGUCUACGGAAACGCUGAAAAUUUCCGUGUCCAAAAGGUGUUGGUUGCCGCUAAGGUAGCUGGAAAGAACGUUCAAGUCAAGGAUUCGUUGCCACACGACAAAUUCCCACUUGGAUUGACACCAGCUUUCGAGGAAGGCCAAACCCAACUCUUCGGAUCUGAUGCCAUCGUCGGACAUUUGGCUGCCGGCAACAAGGAAUACCUUCCUCAAGUGAGUUUUGGUUUUCUGUUUGUUUAGCAGACAUGACUUGCUUUUUGACAAGUGUUUUAAAGUUUAAAGGGAUUUUUAUUUGAGAAAAUGAAGUAAUUGAUAUCUUAUACUAGAUGUUUUGGUGGUUAAGGUCAGUUUUUGUUAAAUAUCUUUGGGUAAACUGGUUGAAUGGUUUUGAAACUUUAGGAGAUUAUAGUUAAAAGUCUGUCACAGCUUUAUUGAAGGUAUCUUUCUGUAAACUAGCAGGGAAUAGUUCUAAAGAGCAGUUAUCUUAUACUAGAGGCUCUAAAACUGUCUUUUCUAGGACCCAGCCCUGAACCAAUGGCUUCAAUGGGCCGACUCUGAGCUGCUCCCAAAUGUGUUAGCCUACGUUCUCCCAUCAGUCUCAGUCGCUCAUCUUGACCAUGAUGCCGUUGAGCACGCCAAGAAGGAGCUUUUGGCUCAACUCACUGCUUUCGACAAGGUUUUGGUCAGCAAAACCUUCUUGGUCGGCGAACGUCUGUCAGCUGCUGAUGUUUCGGUCGCUUUGAACUUGCUCCCAGCCUACCAACACGUUCUGGAUGAGAAGACAAGAAAAACUUUGGUUAACGUUACUCGUUACUUUUUGACUGUCGUUCACCAAAAGGCCGUUAAGGAAGUGGUUGGUGAGGUUGCCUUGGCCAACGAAGUUGCUCAGUUCAACCAAGAUCAGUUCAACAAGCACAAGCCAGCUCACAAGAAGGAAGGUAAGGGUGCUCAAGAUAAUUUUUUAUCGCCUUUUUUGGUUUUUAAUAUAGUGCUAGACUAAAUUAGGAGUUUUUGUUUAUUUUUAGGCUAAAAUAAAAUCACUUUAUAUGCGUGACUUGUUAUAAUGCCUUUAUAUGUCUAUAAACUUUGUUUCAGAGAAGAAGGACAACAAGAAGCAAGAAAAGAAGAAGGAAGACAAGCCAAAGCCAGCCGCUGCUGAGCCAGAAGAAGAACCAGCCGCCGCUGCCGAAAAGUUCGUAGACCCAUUCCUCAAGUUCCCAGCCGGCACCUUCAACAUGGACAACUUCAAGCGUGUCUACUCUAACGAAGAACCCGACAAGUCCAUCCCAUGGUUCUGGGAGAACUUUGACGCCGAGAACUACUCCAUCUGGUACGGCGAGUACAAGUACCCCGAGGACCUGACCCUGACCUUCAUGAGCUGCAACCUCAUCGGUGGCAUGUUCCAGCGUUUGGAGAAGCUCCGCAAAUACGGAUUCGCCUCGGUUUGUCUGUUCGGAACCGACAACAACUCCACCAUCUCCGGAAUCUGGAUCUGGCGUGGUCAUGAGCUCGCGUUCGAACUGUCACCCGACUGGCAGGUAGACUACGAAUCCUACGCCUGGAAGAAGUUGGACGCCAGCGACGAGAAGACCAAGAAGACCGUCAACGAGUACUUGGCCUGGGAAGGCGACUUUGACGGCAAGAAGUUCAACCAGGGCAAGAUCUUCAAGUAA